AGGCAGAAGUGCAGUUAGUUGGUUUCAGUGUCAGGGGAGAAUGCAACAGCGCUUCUCAGACACAAAUGACAAACAGUUUUUCAGCUGAAAAAAGGGAUUGAGAGAUUUUUGAAAAGAAGCAAUAUUUUGUAAAGCAAGUCAAUCACUGGAUUUUCAUUGCAGCUUUAAAAUGAGUGAGUCCAGCUUGUGUGCUGUAAGAGCGACAGUCUUGCUUUACGAUGACAGCAGUAAGCGCUGGGUACCGGCAGGGUCAGAUGCGACCCAUGUCAGCCGUGUCCAGAUCUAUCACAACGCUACAACAAACACCUUCAGAGUGGUGGGCCGCAAACUGCAGGCUGACCAGCAGGUAGUGCUCAACUGCCCCAUUGUCAAAGGGAUGAAAUAUAAUCAAGCAACAGCAACCUUUCAUCAGUGGCGAGAUCCUAAACAGGUGUGGGGAUUAAACUUUGGCAAUAAAGAGGAUGCAGCUCUGUUUGCUAACUCCAUGACUCACGCAUUAGAGGUUCUCAGUGGAUCUGGAAGUGCAGGUUCUGCUAACAAUGGACCAUCUCCACAGCAACUUGAAGAACAGAAAAGACUUGAGCGACAAAAGCAGGAGCAGCUAGAGAGAGAGCAGAAGCGGCCAGAUACCCCCGCCUCUUCUCCAGCUGCUCCUCCAGCUCCACCACCGCCUCCUCCAGCUCCAACCCCACCAGCACCUCCACCCCCUCCCUGUGGUGGUGCAGUCCCACCUGCACCACCUCCACCCCCUGAAGGAGGAAGUGGAAAAGUUGGAGGACAAGGGGGCGGUAGUGAUCUUGCAUCUGCCCUUGCAGGAGCUAAAUUACGGAAAACAGUAAAGGAUGAGGGCGCGGCAUCAGCCCCAGCUCCCAAAGCAUCAUCCUCAUCAUCAUCUGGUGGGGGCGGAGGAGGUGGCCUAAUGGGAGAAAUGAGUGCAAUUUUGGCAAGGAGGAAGAAAGCUGCUGAUAAGCCUGUGGAAAAAGUGAAAGAACCUUGUGAUGAAGAAUGUGCUCCUGCAAAUGCAAAGUCCUCUGGAUCAGGAGCAGAAAUCAACGAGCCGAAAUAUAAAUCUGCUUCAACACCAAGGCCAAAAACUGCCACCCAGAAAGACAUCAGCUGCAGCACAUCUGCCCAGAGUCCUGGGUCCAGGCUGAAAGUGGUGAAGAAAAAGUCAGAUGGUGAAGAAGGAGACGAUGAUAUGGAGCGUGUCAAACAGGAGAUUAUAGAAGAAGUGAAAAAAGAGCUUAACAAGAUGAAGGACGAGAUUAUCAAAGCUUUGAUCGAGGAACUCCAAAGAUAAAUGAUGGACGUUACAGACAGCAGAAAGGCCUAACAAUAUGAUGAAGAGAUGGGAUUUUUCCUCAUGCAAAUCGCUGGCAAAAUACUUACUGCAUUAAAUUACUGAAUUAAAUGUCUAAAGAUCA